CGUCUCAGUGUGACAUUUCGAAAUUUGUGUUUUAUGCUUUUAGGUUAUGUUGAUAUGUGUCAAAACCUUUAAAAAAUCCAAAAAUUUGUUUUCCAGAUUUUUUCAACCACUGUGCACCAAACCUGUACCCCUUUGAAAUAAUACUGAUACGUUCAACUUGCUCAAAUAAAACAUGACUGUCAAUGAAAACGAUGGUGAAAAUGAACCUGCCAACGAGAAUUUAUCUGACGAAGAAGAGAAAGAAUUUCUGUUAUCAUACAUCCAAGAGGUCCAGGAAAAACUUCAAUUGAAGAAAGAGUUACGAACAGUUAAUCAAAAUGCAUUGAACAAUCGUCCAAGUGAAAGCUUCUUCUCAAAACUUGACUCAACCUUGAAAAAGAAUACUGCAUUUGUCAAAAAGAUCAAAAACUUUUCAUCUCCACAGAUAGACAGCUACUUAAAAGAUAUGUCUGUUCUGAAUUUAUCAAAAUAUAUCUCAGAAGUAGCUGCAGCCUUAGUAGAAUCCAAACUGAAGAUGACUGAUGUACCAGCAGCUGUAAAGCUAUGCAGCAUUUUGCAUCAAACUUACACUGAUUUUUCACAAUGCUUGUUUGAUAACUGGCAAAAGGCUCUUGCAGUGAAAGUAGGUGAGAAGAUUUCCAAUCCAAGUAAACUCAGAGUAGAUCUGAGAUUAUAUGCUGAACUGGUACAAGUAGGAGUAUUCUCUAAUAAGAAUGCCUUUUCCUUGCUUGGAUCUAUCCUCACAACACUCAUAAACAUGGAUAAAGAAGAUCACUUUAAUAUAUCUAUCCUUCUAAGCUUUUGUAAACACUGUGGUGAUGAUUAUGCAGGUUUAGUACCAAGAAAAAUGAGAAUUCUGUCAGAAAAAUAUGAAAUUCAGAUACCAAGGGGUACUUUUCUACCUCCAGAAAAACAACAAAAUGUGAGAGGUCUGUUAAGAGAGUACUUCAACUCUAUUAGUAAACAUUUGGUCAAGGACCACCAAGAAAUGCAGAACUUUGAGAAACAAAAUUUACGAAUAUUACAGACUAAAGGAGAGCUAAGUCAAGACAGAAAGGAAAAACUUGAAGCUAUGCAGUCAGCAUUUGAUAAAUUAUUGCAAAAUGCUCAAAGUUUUGCAGAUAUUUUAGAUGAAGAUAUGCCAGAAUUAAAAACACAAAAUAUGCCAAAAAGUGAAGAGAGUAUGAUAAUAACUGGGUCAGGUACAGACAUAGAUGACUUUGCAAUAAAUGCUGAGAAUAUAUGGUGCGAUACUGAGACUCAGAAGUUUUAUUGUGACCUUCCAGAAUUGACUGUUUUCCUUCCAACUGCAUUUUUAAAUAAAGGUCAAAAUGUUCCUACUAAUGAAACUGUUACUGAAGAGGUGCUCGAUUCUGAGCUUCCAGCAGAAGAACUCGAGGAUGAUGGAAAGCUGGAGGAACCUUCAGCGGCUGUUGCAGAAGAAGAGAAUGAAGAUCCCUCUACAAGUACAGCAAGCAAUAAAAUUGUGUUGGAGGCAUUUCUGAAUAAUUUACCAAAUUGUGUCAAUAGAGAAAUGAUUGAUAAUGCUGCUAUUGACUUCUUGGUCACCUUGAACAACAAGCAUAAUAGAAGAAAGCUUGUGCGCGCAUUAUUUGGUGUUAAUAGGACGCGGUUAGACCUGCUUCCAUUCUAUGCCAGAUUUGUUGCAAUUUUGCAUCCAGCUUUGCCAGAAGUAGGAGCGGAACUGUGCCAGAUGCUCAGACAAGACUUCAAAUAUCAUGUGAGGAAGAAGGAUCAAAUCAACAUUGAAUCGAAGAUUAAGGUUGUGCGCUUCAUAGGAGAGCUUGUUAAGUUUAAGCUCUAUUCCAAAAUAGAAGCUUUAUAUUGUCUUAAAGUUUUACUGCACGAUUUUUCGCAUCAUCAUAUUGAGAUGGUGUGCAAUUUGUUGGAAGUGUGUGGUAGAUUUUUGUAUUGCAGCCCCGACUCCCACCAAAGAACAAAAGUAUAUCUGGAACAAAUGAUGCGAAAAAAGUCUGUGAUGGCUUUAGACUCAAGAUAUGUAACACAAAUAGAGAAUGCUUAUUACUAUGUGAAUCCACCUGAAAUGGUUUCUGUGGCGAAGAAAGAAAGACCUCCGAUACAUCAGUUCAUCAGGAAGAUAUUAUUUCAAGAUUUGCAGAAAAACAAUACUGAAAAAAUUAUGAGAUUGAUGAGGAAGUUGGAUUGGAACAGUCCAGAAAUGUCUGCAUACUCCAUAAAAUGUCUUACUGCAGUCCAUAAUUUAAAGUAUUUCAACAUAAGGUGUUUGGCAAACCUACUGGCUGGUCUGGUAGCAUAUCAAGAAGAAGUAGGUACCAAAGUUGUUGAUGGUGUAUUGGAAGAUAUUAGAUUAGGAAUGGAGGUCAACCUGCCAAAAUUUAACCAACGGCGUGUAGCACAAGUGAAGUAUCUUGGAGAACUGUAUAACUACAGAAUGGUGGAGAGUUCAGAUAUCUUCAAGGUAUAUAAAGAUUACUAUUUUUUUUCUGAUGUGUUGUUGUAGUAUUUACUAUGGCUACAUUUAUCGCCAACAACAUUUCAGGUCCUAUAUUCUCUAAUUUCUUUUGGCGUAUCAAUGGAUCCUAAUGAACCUUCACCUUUGGAUCCGCCUGACCACCUAUUUCGGAUAAGGUUAGCUUGUGUGUUAUUAGAAACUUGUGGUACAUAUUUUAGCAGCGGAACUAGCAAAAGAAAAUUAGAUUACUAUCUUGUAUUCCUCCAAGCUUACUAUUGGUUCAAGAAAUCGCUUUGGAAGGAUGCAUUCCCGCCUAUACUGGAACACAUUUACAAGGACACAUUAACGACACUGAGACCAAAAAUGAAGCAAUGUCAAAGUUAUGAGGAAGCUUUAGAAGAAUUGGAAAAGAUUAGAACCACUUUAGGAGUUGAAAAACUGUUAGAAAUGGAUAAUAAAGUGAACUCAGAAGAAGGCUUGGAUACGAUUACAGAAACAGAUAAUGAAGAAGCAGGUGAUGAAGAAAAUUCAGAAUGUGUAACUGGUCCUAUUACAGAUGACACCGCCACCGAGGAUGAAACCGUAGAUCAUACCCAGGCAUCAGAUGACGAAGUUGACCAGUUAACUAGUGAGACUGAACAAGAUGGCAUAUCUGAAUCUGUGGCUAUUCCAAAAGGUCCCAAAAAAGUAGAGUGCCAAGAAGAUUCAGAUUUCUUGAAUGCUUUGGAAAAAAUGGUUUCCGAGAAUAUCCAAGAGAGAAUGAAAGAGCCUGUUAAAGCCACCAAUGUUGACAUAUCAGUACCUGUUAUAUUAAAGUCAGGCGUCAAGAAGACAUAUGAACAGCUGCAGGAUUCAACGCCCGAAGAUAAAGAAGCUAAAAUAGACUUUGUAUUAAUGGUUCGUAAGGGAAACAAGCAGCAAUACAAACAAUUUGAAGCUCCAGUAGAUUCCGAAUUGGCACAAAACCUUCGAGAUCAAGAGCAAAUGCAAAAAGAAGAGAAAGAGAAAGUUAAACGUCUCACGUUGAAUAUCACAGAGCGUUUUGAAGAAGAAGAUUACCAAGAGAUGAUCCAACAGCAAAAUAGACCAAUUACACAAAAUCUGAACAGAGAAAGGAAGAAAUACCAGCAUCCCAAAGGGGCACCUGAUGCUGAUUUGAUAUUUGGGCCAAAGAGAGUUAGAUAGUUGAAUAUCCUAAGCAGAAUUACUGGAAUUUGGCUUAUCUGCUUUUUGAUAAUCAUUUUGACGUUUUUCUAUGUGAAACAAAAGAUUGUACGUACGAUUAGAAGAUCAGUUCGAGUUACUAACGUACUGAUUCUCACAGAUGCUCUUCUAACAAGAAAAGCUUUAAAGAAUACUGAAAACCAUUAGAUCUGUUAUAGUAGCGUUUCUAACACUUAUCAGAAGAACGGUUUGAUUUUGUUUGGUUUACUGUUUUGAAAUGAACUACAUGACAAAGAAACAAGUAUUUUUCUUCCACCUCUAUCCCCUUCUGCAUGACUUCUAAUUUCUGAUGUUUCAAAUCUUCCAUCAGGCUGUCUUCGAUGUAUUGGAAAUCAAAUGAAAUGACAUGGCGUGAACACAACGCCAUUGGCAUGCGCCACAUUAUGAUGUUGCAUUGGUUUAUUGGUCAACAACUUAAGAAAGUAUGAUCACAUCAGCUCUUUUAUAAAAGGUAUGGACUGGUUGAGGAUUAAAGAGCCACAAGAAUUACACUUAAUUUGUUAUACCUAUACAUCCGUAC